UUUCUUCAAAAGUCGCACAGUAUUUGCAAAAAUCUUUAAAAUUCUCAGCUGCAACUCCUAUCCGUUUGUCUCCAUUCAACUGUUUGUGUCAGAGCCCUCUGCGAUAUUAUUUUAAAAUCAAUUUCGAAAAUUUUCUAGCAGUUUUUUGACGCUUGCUUUCAGGAAUAUUUUCGCGUGUUUUCUCUGGACUUUAAUUUUGUGAAUUUUUAGUGUUUUUGAAGAAGAAAAAUGGCUCCGACUAUACAGAAUGGAGCCAGUGGAUCUGACAAACGUCCCCAAAGACCUCAAGAAAAAAAAUCGGAAUUGAUUUGUCGCGUUAAAUACUCCAAUACCCUCCCGGAUAUUCCUUUUGACCUGAAAUUCAUCACUUACCCCUUUGAGAAUGAUCGCUUCAUUCAGUAUAAUCCCACAUCGUUGGAGAGAAAUUACAAAUACGAUGUCCUGACGGAACAUGAUCUGGGAGUUACGAUUGAUCUGAUUAACAGAGAUCUCUAUCAGGCUGAACCUUUUGCCCAACUGGAUCCAGCUGACGAGAAACUUCUGGAGGAAGAUGUCCACACUCCGCAGGAUUCCAUGAGAUCUCGCCAGCAUGCCAAGAGUGUGUCAUGGUUGAGGAAAUCCGAGUACAUCUCGACAGAACAGACUCGUUUCCAGCCUCAGAAUAUGGAAAAAGUGGAAGCAAAAGUGGGCUACAAUGUGAAGAAGAGUCUUCGUGAGGAGACCCUCUGCAUGGAUCGCGAUACCCAAAUCAAGGCCAUCCAGAAGACUUUCCAGGACUCCAAAGCACCCAUCACGAAGCACUACAGCAAGCCCAAUGUUACAGCCGUGGAGGUCUUUCCACUCUUCCCAGACUUCAAAAACUGGAAGAUUCCCUGCGCUCAGGUUAUUUUUGACUCUGACCCUGCUCCAGUUGGCAAGAAUGUCCCUGCGCAGAUCGAAGAAAUGUCUCAGGCCAUGAUUCGUGGUGUGAUGGACGAGAGUGGAGAGCAAUUUGUGGCCUACUUCCUGCCCACGGAGAGUACACUGGAGAAGAGGCGCAGGGACUUUGCCAAUGAAGUGAUCUAUGAGGAUGACGAGGAGUAUGAAUACAAAAUGGCCAGAGAAUACAACUGGAAUGUCAAGAGUAAGGCUUCGAAGGGAUACGAGGAAAAUUACUUCUUCAUCGUGCGUCCAGACGGAGUUUACUACAAUGAGCUGGAGACAAGGGUGAGGCUCAGCAAGAGACGACAGAAGAUUGGACAAGCUCCCAAUAACACCAAGCUUGUGGUAAAACAUCGUCCAUUGAAUGCUACUGAGCACUGGAUGCAACGCUGCAGGGAGCGCCAAUUGGAACCCCAUGCCGAAGAUGAGGAUGAAGAGAUGGAGGAGCCUCCGAUGGAAGAAGAACCGAAGCCAGCUGAAGAGGAGGAAACCAAGAGGAAGUCUCGUUCGCGUUCUCGAUCUGAGUCCCGGGCUAAAUCACGUUCGGGCAGUGAGGGUAGCAGCCCUGGAAGACGCAGUCGUCGCAAUUCUUCGGGCAGCGAUAGGUCCGGCUCGAGGGCAUCUUCAAAGGGUUCUGGAUCUUCCAGGAGCCGCAGUCGAAGUGGCAGUAGGAGCAAGUCACACAGUCGUAGCAGGAGUGGCAGUAGAUCUAAGUCUAGUGGCUCCGAAAGUGGUCACAAUAGUGAUCGUUCGAAGGCUUCAUCGAAGCGCUCCGGUUCCAAGAGCCCAUCGAGAUCUAGAUCUCGUUCUGGAUCCCGUAGUGUAACACCAGAACGUCAGUCACGCUCUAGAACUCGUUCAAAAUCCGGCUCUAGAUCUCGUAGUGGAUCAUCACGAUCAAGGUCUGCCAGUGGAAGUCGCUCGAGGAGUGCAUCGGCUUCGGGAAGCGAUAGGAAAUCUGGCUCAGGUCAAGGAUCCGGAAGUGAUUCUGACUAAAUUUCAUGUAUUGCUGUCCGUCACUUCUAUGCCUACUAAUUGAUGGAUAUUUUGUUCAGCUAAACUGUUUAUUUUAUUGAGAAAAUAAACAUUUUCUUUUUCCUGGAAAAA